AAGAGAUGGAAAUAAAUUCUCUACUCCUUGAUGUUCUGUAGGCAGAGGAGAUGGAGAUAGAAAAUAGCACAGUAGUGACAGAAUUCAUCCUCCAUGGUCUGACCCAGUCUCGAGAUAUUCAGCUCCUGGUCUUUGUGCUAGUUUUAAUUUUUUACCUCAUCAUCCUCCCUGGAAAUUUCCUCAUCAUCCUCACCAUCAGCUCAGACUCUGGCCUCACAGCCCCCCUCUACUUCUUUCUGGGCAACUUGGCCUUCCUGGAUGCAUCCUACUCCUUCAUUGUGGCUCCCAGGAUGCUGGUGGACUUCCUCUCUGAGAAGAAGGUGAUCUCCUACAGAGGCUGCAUCACUCAGCUCUUUUUCUUGCACUUCCUUGGAGGCGGGGAGGGGUUACUCCUUGUUGUGAUGGCCUUUGACCGCUACAUGGCCAUCUGUCGGCCUUUACACUAUUCAACCGUCAUGAACCCUAAAGCCUGCUAUGUCUUGCUGUUGGCUCUGUGGCUUGGAGGCUUUGUCCAUUCCAUUAUCCAGGUGGUCCUCAUCCUCCACUUGCCCUUCUGUGGCCCAAACCUACUGGAUAAUUUCUUCUGUGAUGUGCCUCAGGUCAUCAAGCUGGCCUGCACAGACACCUUUGUGGUGGAGCUCCUGAUAGUCUUCAACAGUGGUCUCAUGACCCUCCUGUGCUUCUUGGGGCUUUUGUCCUCCUAUGCAGUCAUACUCUGCCAUAUACAUGGGUCUGCUUCUGAAGGGAAGAGCAAGGCCAUGUCCACAUGCACCACUCAUGUCAUUAUUAUACUUCUCAUGUUUGGACCUGCCAUCUUCAUCUACACUCGCCCCUUCCAGGCCUUACCAGCUGACAAGGUGAUUUCUUUUUUCCACACAGUGAUCUUUCCUUUGAUGAAUCCUGUGAUUUAUACCCUUCGCAACCAGGAAGUGAAAGCUUCCAUGAGGAGGCUAUUGAGUCGGCAUGUGGUGUGCUGAAUGGAUUUUAUAAUAAGAUGUCAAGACGGGGGAAUUCCAGCUGCAAAUCGUUCAUUCAUUCAACAAAUACUGUUUUUCACGGAGUGCCUCCCAUUUGUCAGGUACAAUUGUAGGCAAUGGGGAAGAGUUAUGCAUAACGAGAGAAUAAACUUCGUAUGUUUAAAGAACAUAAAACAAACACCAGAGUGGUUGGAGUAUGAUGAGUAAGUGUGAGAGAUCUAGGAGUUAAAUUACAUAUGACCGUAAGAGUCAAAUCGCUAAGGUCUUUUACGCUGAGAUAAGGAGUUUUAUUCUAUUCUAAUUGAAGUAAGAAUUCAUCUUAAUAUUUUAAGCAAGAGAAUGACUCAUCCACAACUGUUUCUUCUAUGGUUUAGAGCAACAUCAUAAAGAUUCUGGGCAGAAAUCAAUAAGCUGCAAAACAUUAUUAAAAGUCAAGUGUUAUACUGCAGACCUGUUUUGAAAGAGUCUCUCUCCCUCUUUUCUUUUUUUCCCCCAAAAUUUGGA